UCUUCGCUGUCAAAGUCUUCUCUCUAAUGGAGACGUGUUUUUCCUCUUGUUUGCUUUGUAAAACUUAACUCAAUCUCCAUUAGGAUCAAAGCCUUCAAGUUUGGAAGCGUUUAAACGAGAUCCGGAUCCGGAAUGGAAGAAGAGAAAGGAGAGCUGGUGCAGAGCUUGAUCGAUGCGGUGAACCAAAUAGCUUCAAUCAGCGACUACAGAUGCUCCAUCAAGAAGGAGUACUGUAAUCUCGCUAGGAGACUCAAGCUUCUGACGCCAAUGUUCGAGGAGAUUAGAGAUAGCAAAGAGAUAAUUUCUGAAGAAACUGUUAAAGCUUUGGUCUCGUUGAAAGAAGCUCUCGUUUCGGCGAAGGAGCUUCUCAGAUUCGGCAGUGAAGGCAGCAAGAUUUACCUGGUUCUAGAGAGGGAGCAGAUCAUGCAUAAAUUUCUUGAAGUGACAGCUCAAUUGGAGGAGGCUUUGAGUGGAAUUUCCUAUGAGAAUCUUGACAUAUCAGAUGAAGUAAAGGAACAGGUGGAGCUUGUACUAGCUCAGUUCAGGAGAGCUAAAGGAAGAGUUGAUGCACCUGAUGUUGAUCUGUACGAGGAUCUAUUAUCAUCAUACAACAAAAGCGAUGAUGCAGCACUAGAUCCAGAUGUACUUAGGAGAUUGGCUAAGAAGUUACAGUUGGUGGGGAUAGCUGAACUUACUCAAGAAUCGCUUGCUCUACAUGAGAUGGUUUCUGCCAGUGGUGGAGAUCCUGGUGAAACAUUUGAGAAGAUGUCAAAUUUAUUAAAGGAAAUCAAGGACUUUAUACAGACAGAAAAUCCUAACCUGGACGCUCCUUCAAGAGAAAAGAAUCUUCCUCCAAGUAGCAGUGGGCAAGCAACUACUGAUGGAAAUCACAAGACUCCAGUUAUACCUGAUGAUUUCCGCUGUCCAAUAUCCCUGGAAUUGAUGAAGGAUCCAGUCAUUGUUUCAACUGGGCAGACUUAUGAACGUUCUUGCAUUGAGAAAUGGCUGGAGCAGGGGCAUGGAACAUGUCCAAAGACACAACAGACGCUCAGUAGCUCUUCCCUUACACCUAAUUAUGUAUUGCGUAGUCUAAUAGCUCAAUGGUGUGAGGCAAAUGGUAUUGAACCACCCAAAAGACCUAGUAGUUCUCGACCCAGUAAAACUACAUCUGCCUGCUCGCCUGCUGAACAUGCUAAGAUUGAAGUUCUCCUUCAUAAGCUUGCAUCCGGCAAUCCUGAAGACCAGAGAAUGGCUGCAUGUGAAAUCCGACUUCUUGCCAAACGCAAUGCAAAUAAUCGUGUGGCCAUUGCUGAAGCUGGGGCCAUACCUCUCCUUGUGAGCCUUCUUUCAACUCAUGACUCACGUAUCCAAGAACAUGCUGUAACAGCACUUCUUAACCUUUCUAUUUGUGAAGAUAACAAAGGAAGUAUCAUAUCCUAUGGAGCAGUUCCUGGUAUCGUCCAGGUGCUUAAGAAGGGGAGCAUGGAAGCUAGAGAGAAUGCAGCAGCCGCUCUCUUCAGCCUUUCAGUAGUGGAUGAAAACAAGGUGACAAUUGGUGCCUCGGGUGCAAUCCCUCCAUUAGUGACACUGCUAAGUGAAGGCACACAAAGGGGUAAAAAGGACGCUGCAACAGCACUCUUCAACUUGUGCAUUUACCAAGGGAACAAGGGAAAAGCAGUGAGGGCUGGUGUUGUGCCUACAUUAAUGCGUUUGUUGAGAGAACCAGGAGGUGGAAUGGUGGAUGAAGCAUUGGCUAUACUAGCAAUGCUUGGAAGCCAUCCUGAAGGGAAGUCUGCCAUUGGAGCAGCAGAGGCAGUGCCAGUUUUGGUAGAUGUUAUUGGAAAUGGAUCCCCGAGGAACAGAGAGAAUGCAGCUGCAGUGUUGGUGCACCUUUGUGCCGGAGACCAACAACAUUUAGCAGAGGCCCAGGAACUAGGAGUUAUGGACCCUUUGCUAGACUUGGCACAAAAUGGUACAGAUAGGGGUAAGCGCAAGGCUACUCAGUUGUUAGAGCGCAUGAGCAGGCUUGUGGAGCGGCAAAAACUGGCACUAGCACAACCUGAUUCCCAAGCACCGCAGCCCCCGUCUCAAUCUCCGACUCAACAGUGACAACCACCCUCCGUGGCGAGUGCUAUUGAUAGCUGAGGUAUAUUUUGCCAUUAUUUUUUUUUCAUUUCAUCAUCUUUUUUUCUUUUUAAGUAUUGAAAGAGGCGGGGCUUUACUUCAAAAGAGAUGGAAGGCCACCUGUUCAAUCUGUAAGCUAUUCAUUUUAUUUGUGUGGAAUUAUUUAUUAUUCACUGAAUCAUUAAAGUUCCAUAA